GGAGAUUGCAUUUUACGAAGAAGUUAUACAAACUGAGAUGUUAUUUUGCCUUUAGAGCCUGACCAAUUGAUGAGCUAAGAUUUCAUUAUGCUUCCAACUAUAAAUGGCCCUGCUGGAGCUACUCGAAAAACCACCAUAUGUAGAUAUUUUGCUACAAGUGGAACUUGUUUUUACGGGAACGAUUGUCAAUUCUUACACGCUAACCCUAACGUCGAGCCAAACGAUCUGUCGUUAUCGUCAUUAGUGUUGUCUCAACCGUCAUCUAUGGCUAUGAGUAUGAGAGAUUUAUCGGUGAAUAGGUUACCAGAAGGGCCUCCUAAUCCUGUUACAAGUUUGGAUCCUCUGUUUCAAGUAUUUGCACCAACUACAGGAUUACCACCUGAAUCAAAACUUCAAACAUACAUGAAUACCACACCACGCACACUGUCUCCAUCAUUAGAGAAAUCCAAAUCCUUUGUGCCUUCAUCCUCCAACCUGCAUUUUGAUGAUGUUACAAGUGCCAUGGCUGCUCUAGCUGUUGAAACUUCAAGAAAGACUCCAAAUCCUAGUGCAGCAGAGUUUGUUCCUAUGUCAUCUGUUUUGAGACCAUCUCAGGGACGUUUAACUCACAGUAUGAGUACCCCAUCUUUUUUCCAAUAUGCUCUGAGUACAGCAGGUUUGACAGCCAGUACACCUUUUGGCAGAUUUGAUAUGUCACAGGGUCACAGUCCAUGUUUGUCUCCUGACCAAUCUCCUUUGGUUAGUAGAAAAUCGCGGUCUCCAUUAACAACAACUUUUGUUGGAGGCCCUGCUUUAACUUCUACAACUACGACAACCCAAGACCAGUUCCCAUCAUCAGGGACAGUCUAUCAACAAGAAUCAGUUGGAGGAACGACAUAUUUUUUUGCUGCAGAAGAAACUGGAACAUCUCCAAAAGAAACACCUGCACCAGUUGUUAUGCCAGAUUUUACACUGUACUCGGGAAAUCCUGCACAUAUUGAACACAUGAAACCAAAAGCCAACGCCCCUUCAUUCUUUCUUCCUGAUGAACUCAGAAUGGAUAUUUUGCAUAGGCGCACUUUAACCUUAACUGAAGGCAAUCCUCAACACUAUAAAGAGCUUCCCUCUGAGGUUGAUAACUACCACAACCUGUGUCCCUUGGAGCCCACAAAAGGUGCUCCCACCAAAUCUGCAACAUUUCGUUUUGUGACUUCUGUUUAUAAGGCCACAAACAUCAAAACCGGUGUUCAUUACUGUUUGAGAAGGAUACAUGGUUUUCGACUGACCAAUGCAAAGUGUAUGACAGUAGUAGAAGCCUGGAAGAAAAUUCAGCACUCUAAUUUAGUGCAUUUAAGAGAAGUCUUUACUACCAAAGCCUUCAGUGAUCAUUCUAUUGUGUUUGUAUAUGAUUACUAUCCUGGAGCUGAUAAUCUGAUGAACCAGUAUUUCAGCCAGCCAGGACUCACCAUUGGUAUCAAUGGAUACCAUUCAACAAUGUUCAAUAAUGUAGAUGGAAUGGCUAGAUCGUACGCACAAAACAAAGCUUUAGGUGGGUUGAGGCAACAUGCAGGACUCUUACCUGAGAGCCAGAUUUGGGCCUAUGUUGUACAGCUAAGUUCAGCCUUACGAACAAUUCAUGCUGCUGGCCUUGCAUGUAGAGCCUUUGAACCUACAAAGAUUCUUAUCACAGGGAAGUCCAGGUUGCGACUUAAUUGUUGUGGAAUUUUUGAUGUACUUAGUUAUGAUGCCAGCCAGGUAAACCCAAAAGAUCUCAUACAUCAUUUCCAGCAAGAAGAUCUGUUAGCCUUUGGUAAGGUGGUGCUAGCUCUAGCCUGCAACUCCUUAGUAGCUGUACAACGGGAAAAUUUACAGGCCUCCAUGGAGCUUGUUUCAAGAAACUACUCUGCUGAUCUCAGAAACCUGCUAAUGUACCUGCUUUCAAGCCAGACACGUGCACGAAGCAUUAAUGAAAUCAUGCCAAUGAUUGGUGCUAGAUUCUACACUCAGCUUGAUGCGGCACAGAUGAGAAGUGAUGUAAUAGAAAAUGAACUAGCAAAAGAUGUUGAAAAUGGAAGAUUACUUCGAUUGCUCAUAAAACUAGGAACCAUCAACGAACGACCUGAGUAUCACAUGGAUCCUUCAUGGGCUGAGACUGGAGAUUGUUACCUGUUGAAGCUGUUUAGAGAUUAUCUGUUCCACCAGGUGACAGAAGAUGGCAGGCCCUGGAUAGACAUGGCCCACGUUGUGCAGUGUUUGAAUAAGUUGGAUCUUGGCUCCCUUGAAAAGAUAUGUCUCACAUCUUGUGAUGAACAGAAUGUCCUAGUAGUCAGUUAUGCUGAACUGAAACAGUGUUUUGAAUCAUCCUUCAAUGAAUUAUUGGUUGCAACUACUGCUCAGAAGCCUCAUGCUCCCACGUAGCCUUUGUAAGCAUGAAAGAGAAAAAAUUUAUUACAUACAGUAUACCAGUCUGGGACCAGAGAAAUGAAAUAUGUGGCCAAUAUAGAAAAACUCUAAGUCGUUUAUAUAUUUUGUGCUCACUUACAACCAAAUCUUCUUUGUGGAAGUGUGAAUAUUCAGACUUAAAGGCCUUGGACUCGAGAAAGAGUUGGUUAUACAUGGGAAUUUUGGUGCACUACCCAAGUCUCAUUUUGUCCAGUCAAAAUCUAGCUGUGGGAAGAAAUAGUAUUUAACAGUUUAGAAUACAUAGAUCCAGAAGGGUUCUACUUUCUCAAUAUCUACAUUCUUAAAUGAGUAAGUAGUACUUGCAGAUGUUUUAUCUAUUAGGUAUACAUGUAUUUUUCAAGUCUUGAAACUUCAGUUUUUACACUUUGUCAUUUGCUGUAACAUCUGAUGCAAUAAGCAGGUUUCAUUUAGAACAUAACAUAUAAUACACCAAUAAUAAUAAGAGCAUAUGUUCAAAGAAGGCUUUUUGAAAUUAUUUAUAUUCUAUCAUUUGUUGUUAAUGUAAAUUAAAUUUGCCUUUUGUCAUCUGCAUGUUGAAUAUUAACUCAGGGAUUGAAGAAAUUGAUAGUACUCAGUGUACUAUUGAUAGUCCUUAAAAUAUUAGUCAUUAAUAGGUAAAUUGGAAUGAUAUUCUUAUACUGUUGUUAACCCAGUAAUUUUUGAUUUUGCAAGGUGGGCAGAUAAAUGUAUUUGCCAUUCAGUUUUAAUGGUGUUUGCACAAAAGCAAUUAUGAUUCAAAAGGUAGUGUAACAGAUAAGAACAUUAUACACACCAAAAGAAUCUUAAAUGAAUGGUUGGACAAAAACUGUACUACAGUAAGAAGUAUUAGUGUUAGACCAAAUAUUUAAUAAGAUUCAUCAAAAAAAUUUUCAAUUGUAAACUAGUGUAAAAUGGAAGCAUGAUAUAAACAAGAAAAAAAGAACAUUUGGAUUAUUAUUUUUAUAUUUAUUUAAUACACUUAUAAGCAUUUAUCUUUCAGCCACUUUUUAAUAUCAAAUUCUUAAUUUAAAUGACAAAGCAACAGAAUGAAUACUAGAAACUUACUCACUUCUCAAUGAAGUGUUGAUUUAGUGUUAAAACAAUUACCUAUGCCAAAUAUUAUGUAAACCACAUUUGUAGAUGAAAUCAAUUUCUGAAGGAGAUAUGUUGUAUGAAAUUUAUAGUCACAGCAUAAGAUAGAAUUGGUAAUACAUUUUAUUGUUACAUAUAGUAGGAAGAUAUACGUGCUUGAAUACAUUUUAGCACAGAAGUUUGCUAUUCGAGAUCUGUGCCAGAUUCAGUGACUAGUCAUUAGUUUUAAACAGUGUCAAUUAAUAGUUUUACAAACCUCUAAUUUGUUUUUGCUCUCGAUGUCAUAUCUUUUUUCUUACAGAAUAAAUUGUGAUUAUAAUUGUGAAAAGAUGGUAGUAAAAGCUUGAGUUUAGUAUCAAAUAAUUCCUUUUAUCAUUCUGUGUUAGUAACUAUUCCAGUUAUGUAAUAUCACUGAAUUUUUUAAUUGAAAUUUACUACUUUAUUGUUCAUAAAAUUUGCUAUAACACUGUUAACAUGAAGUACUCUAUCAAGUAAUAAUAAUAAUUUUUUUAUGAUAAAAGUUUACAUAGUGGAAACAACAUGUUUAGUUCCAUUAUUUAACUUUGUUUUUUUUAACUAACUUCUUUGUAGGUGCAGUUAUCUAAGGUGUAAAUUAAGACUGAUUUUAGUUCCAUUUACCUUUGUCAAAAAUGACAUUACAGCCAAUAUCAUCAUAUAUAACAAAUCAGAAAUUAGAUUAAAUUUAGAAAACAAUUAAAGGCUUUUGCAAAAUAUAUGAGUAUUAUAUUAAUAUUUUAUUUUUUAAAAAAUAAAAAAACAACCCUGGUUGAUAUUCAUUAUAAAUUAGAGAAAGUAAUAAUUAAAUACCUGUAUCAACAGGUGAUAGCUUCGUACAGAUUUAAAUUUCACCGUAAUAUUACAAAUAGUGAGAGGUGUACAAAUUUAUUUUUUUUAUUUUUUUAUUUGCUCCAGUUCGAUUUUUGGGUGUACUCUCUAUAUGUUGUUAAGUUGUUCUGAUAUUGUCAUGGAAGUUUGUUUGGUAUAUGAAGGUUCAGAAAGUUGAGGAAAUGAAUUGAUUUAUUUACCACUGCCUAGCAGCAAGAUUUCUUGUACAUGGAAAGGCCAUGAAUAAGGUUAAUGAUUUUGCUGUAGUAUACAUGUAUAGAAUACUCUUUUAAAAAUAAAUAUUUUGUUAUAUCUCAAGCCAGUGGUGGGGAAAAAAAGCUUAAUAUCAUAUGUUCAGAAGUUUUUACAUGUCUGUGAAGUUUUAUUUUUAAUGUCAUGAAGUGUACAUAUAUAUAUAUAUAUAAGUAGAAACAACUUAUUUUGUGGAGUAACAGGUUGUAAAAAUGUAUGGUUUAAUACAUAUAUUUGGUAAAUGGUUGAAAGAACAACUGAGAGCACCAAACUGUGUAUAAAAUUUCAUUUAAAGUGUGUUUUUGGUCAUACUUUGAAGACUAUUAUGUCAUGUAGCAUACACAGAUUUUAUGCUAUUCUGACGUGGAAAUAAAAUAAUACUUACUGUUUUUACGCUUGAGUGUCAGCUCUGCUUUGGGGCUGUUUUACAGGAUGGGCUGUGUUGUAAUAGAUGCAUAGUUCUGCAUUACAAGUACCAUGUUAUUUUAGAAUCUGUGGCUCCGAGUGUAGAAUAUUAACCUUAUAUACAAAAUAGGGAUAUAAACACGCAUCCCACUCAAGAUGCAUGCAUGUGAAUGCUCCAUUACACACUGAGUAUCUGCCUAUUUCUUUUUAGGCUGAAAGAUAACUAAGUAUAUUGUUAAGAAAUCCAGUAUUUACCCUAGCAAUAGCUCUAAAAAAAAUUUUAAAUGCAUCAAGAGUAAGAACUAGGCAAUAUACGUAUGAUCAUCAAUUAUGUCUCUUGAGAUAAUCAACUAGUGAUUCCUGGUUAUUACUAUUUUUGAUUAUUUCAAAUACCCAGUAGUUGAAAUACUGCCAUUAGGAUUUUUCAUCAUUGUUUUUGAUCAAGUCAGAUUUGUUCAGCUUAAUUGAUUAGUGUAAUGACUCACAAAAAUAAUCAACUAAUUGAAAUUGGGUUUAUGAUCAUUACUUUUUCAAUCAUUCCAAGUAUCCAAGUAAUAGAUAUAUUUCCAUUACAUUUGUUGUUAAGCACAAGCUACACAAUUGGUUAUCUGUGCCUCACCAACUGUGGAUAUUCAAAAACAGUUUUUUAAUCUUACAAGUUUUUUUUUCAGCCAUUCCAGGAAAAUAAUGGAUUAGUUGAAUGUACUUGAUUAAUGAGCCUAAUGAUUAAUCAGUUAGAAAUUUCAGUAAUUGCCUAGCUCUAAUCAACACUAGGGUUUGCAUAGAUUCCAUUUUUGCACCCUGGGGUUAAAGUUAAAUAUUGUGUUCUUAGUGAGAACAAUAUACUGGAUCUGUUUCUUUUUGAAUUAUUCCAGGAUCUGUAGUCUUAGUGCAGCAAAGUUUCUAUAUUUUGAUUAUAGGUAUUUGAAUGGAGUAUGGAUGACAUUUACCAGGAUAUAUGUUUUUUUCUUUUACUGCAAUUUGUGGUUGUGAAUACACUGUAACUGCCAUGUUGUAUAAGAUUCUGCAGUUUUGAGUGCAGUUGUAUGACUUGUACUCCUGAGUGCAUAGUGACUUUCAUGUACUGUAUGUAGAGUGUGUUUGUGUUAUUGUAAACUUGAAUUUUAUGGUUCUAAAACAUAGCUGUUAAGACGUAAAUGGUACUUGAUCUCAGAACUAGCAUCCAUAUUAAGACUAACAUUUAUGGGUGCAUAUGGACUAUGUGGUACAAGCAACCAAAAAGAUUCUUGUCAGUGCUGUGUAUUUGACACAUGCUUACAGUAUGGAUAACACCUUUGUUAAAACACUAAAUAACAUAAGUGUACUGUAAGAUUACAUAGGUAGUUGAAAAAUCUGGAAUUUGGCACGUGACUGCUGAUCAUAAUUUAAAUAUUUUAUUAACCUAAGCACAAGUCUUUGCCCGGGAUUCUUUUAUCAAAAUAUCUUAAUAUUUUUUAAGUGGAUAUGAGUUUUGUAAUGAAAUGUUGCCAAGAGGGUUAGUUAGAUUUAAAAUGUAUGUUUUAAUGAGUCCUAAGGUGUGUUCUUUGAGGUAAAUUAGCAUUUAAUGAUCCAUUAAUAUGUAUAUACUGUUCUGAAAAGUAUAACAUCUUGAGAGUCACCUUUGAUAGUAAUCCUGUUUAAAUGUUUACAUUUUUGGAGAAAUGUUGCAUGUUUUGGUCAUAAUUGGUCUUGAAAUGUGUUCAUAAAUUCCUACUGUAAUUUUAGCAAACCUCAGAGCCACAAUAUGCAUAGUGUAUAAAAAGUUAAGAGGUGUUUAUAGUAAAUGCAGGUGUCUGUCUCUAGCUGUAGAUGAAUUACAUUUUUGCAUUUAAAAUGAAUACUGACUAUGUGAGUGAAUCAGUUAUCAAAAGAUUCCUUUAGAAUUCAGAGAGGUCUUUCCUGAAGAUUAAUUAUAAUAUUUUAAAAAUUGUUUCUUUUUACAAACAUAAACAUACAAAAAUGAAAUAAAACAACAAAUAAGUUUUAAAAUGUAAAACAAACUGUUUCUAAUGAAACAUAGAAAUUUAACCCAGUGCAGGAUAAUUAUCCUAGAAUACUUUUUUUCUUUUUGCCUUUGAUAGUUCUAAUUGCUCAAGUGCUAGCUAGGUUGUUUUACUCUAGCAGUUUUCUGAUUUUACAGUGCUGGAUGGAAAUGUUAGACGUAUGCAACUUUUAAAACUGGAUGAUAUUUUCAAGUGGCUGUUAGAAGUCAAACAUAAUUUAGUUUUUAAAUAGAAUUUUCUAAAGGAAUUUUUUCGUAAAAUAUACUUGUGUGUGUGUAUAUAUACGGUUCAAAAAUGUGUUUUUUUAGCAUGAAAGAAUAAUCACAAAAUAGUUUCUUUGCAGUUUUUCCAAAUUUGUGGUAAGAGUAUAAGAUUAUGAAUUACAUGCCAGUGUAAAUAAUGAAGAAAUGCACCUGGUUAUAAUAUAAUGAUCAAAUAUGCAGUUUAUUGAAGUUCCCAAUGUUAGAAUGGAGGGUAAUUACUGAACAUGAAUUAUGUUUCUGCAACUAACAUCCAGGAUGAGUAAGUGUCAAUCAUGCAAAACUAAUAAAUGUUCAUUUUUAUAUAGGUUUUGUAUUUUUGGAUUGAAAUAGAUGAUUGACAUGAAUUACAGAUUUUCUAAUUCUUGUGUGUCAUGGGUUUAUGUAUUCAAAAUUAUGCACAACAGAAAAGAAAAUGUGAACUAAAAAAACUAAUAUGUAAGUUGCACUGUAACUGCUGUGAGACUUUAUGAAGCUCAUUUAUUUAUGACCAAAAAUAUCUUGUUUGUUUUUAAACAGUGUUAUAGAAGAUAUCUAGCACAUAAAAAAAAUGAAGUGUUGAUUACAAAUUUACAUUGUUGCCUUCAAAGUAAGGAUUUUCUAAAUUACCCUUCGGCCAUAAAUAGCUUGAAGCUAUGAAACUCAAUGACUGUAAAUAUGCUCAUAGCUUUCACAUUUUGUUGAUGUAUAUUACAUGAAAUCAUUUUGAUACAUAAAACUGAAAUAUUUCUUUCCACAAUUUUGUAAUUUAAAAAAUUAGUAAUAGAAUUAUGCAAAUAUAUAAUGAAUUCUAAUAGCCAGUUAUUAAAGUAAUCAUAAUUAGAAUAAUGUAAAUUGAUACUAAGAUGUCUCAAAAAUAGAUAUAAGAGUGGGAACAUUAUUUUGUUUUUAACGGUUUCCAGUAUGUGGUGCUUAUACCUAAAUAUAUUUGUAUGUAAAAGGCUACAGUGUUCCAAAGAAAAGUUAUUUUUAUAGAUUGUUUCCAGUUUAUAGUUUGCUAAAAUUAUUUCGGCUGAGGUUUCAAUCUAAUACUAAAAUCUUGCUGAUUUUUGUUUUUAUUAUUCAAUUGUAAAAAAGUAUGAAAUAUCUAAUAUUAGGUGUACGAAUGGAUUUUUUUAUUUUUUUUUUUCUAUAAAGUUGUAAUUGUACAUGAAACCAUUUAACAGGUGUAUUCUAAAAUAUUUUGUACAUUUUGGAAGAACAGAGUAGUUGAAAUAGUGUAAAAUUUUAUAAAAAUGCAUUUUAGUUUCACUAAAAAUGUUCAGAUACAGUGCAAGUAAAUCAAAAUUUAAGAUCAGGCAGUAGGUACUUCCAACUUUUUUUGCCUGUCAGUGUUGGAGUUAAAAACUUCUGUGUGAAAUUGUUUCAAAAAUACUUUCUAUUCUUUGUUACACAUAUAUUUCAUUACUUUUAAAAUAUAUCCCAGUUUGUUUUUGCAUUUAUGAUUAUUUUUAUAACCUAUAUCUAUAAAUUUUUAUUUAAUAUCAUUCAUAACAAUUCAACUCUGUCAGUUCCUUAAACAUAAUUUUGUAAUUGUAUUCCUCUGUUCUUGAUAUCUCGGAAGUGUAAACUUUUUUCUUUUCAAUAGGAUAACAGUAUAAAUGAACAAAUUACUUUAAGAUAAGAAUGUGUACUGGAAAGCACAAAAUAGUGAAGGAAACAUUGCAAACCCAAGUUUUUUUGUUUUGUUUUUAAUUGAAAAGGGUUAGAAUACCAGUAUAUUAAAUCUAUUUGAAAAAUCUGUUUUUGAAUUGUAGAAAGCUUUACCCUAUAAAUUUUUUAUACUCCUCAAUUCAUUUUGGUUUGAAACAGAUGUAGAAUACAAGCUACAUAUUAUUUCAGACAGUAAUAGACCAGUGUAUUAGUUUGAAUACAUACAUCCAGUGUUUACAUAUAAUCUAUUUCAAACAAUUAAUUGAAGCUCAGUAGUAUUUUGCUUUACAUGUUUUGUUGUGAAAAGGUAACCCAAACUUUUACUAUGACAAAGAACAGCUUUUGUAGCUAUAAAUGAAUGUUUAUUUGUUCAAGUGAUAUUCUGGAUCUCAAAAAAAGUGAAAACUAGCUUUUAAAGAAAUCAGUUUAUGUUAAUAACUAAGUUGUAGUUCUAAAAGAAAAUUUGUUGUACUGAAGUUUUCAUUUUGACAAAGAAAAAAAAUAUAUUGGGGGGGGGGGUCAAUUUUACAUGUGAAGCUUGGAGCUGAUAGUAUUUCUGUAACCAUAGUGAUUUAGUAACUUACAUUAAUACACAGACAAUCGCUUAAGUAUAAUGGUGUUACUUUAGGUGAAAAGCUAUAAAUGAACUGUUUUCAGUCUUUCAUCGAAGUUUAAAAAUGGUCAUUUGAAAUAAAUUUGGGUAAGAGAUAUAACAGUUAAUUCACAUACAGAACUCCCUCAAAGAUAAACAUGAAAGAUUGUGUUAUUUAAUUUUACUGAUGAUUAUAGAUGGUGCAAAGAAAGAAUAUAUAGCUUUAAAAUUUUAAAUCUUCAGCAUUUUCUUUUAGAAAAUGUACUUAUUAAUUCAUAAAAGUUCAAUGCUACAUAAAAAUUUUAAAUGCUGCAACUGUAUCUGUAGUUAAUUUUAUCCUGUCGCCUUAAUUAAGUCUCAUUAUCUCAGAGAAAGAUUUGAACUCCUAUCCUUAUAUUGGUAUGGAAAGUUAGGGCAGCUUAUAAAUAUCAACAACCAAUCACAUAGAAGCAACUGUUGUGGCAUAAAGUUACUUAAAUGGGCAGGAACCAAUUAUACUUAAGAACAUUUUCCUAGAUUCACUCAGUUAUAUUAUAGCUAUGGCUGAGUGUAUGACUUGGAAAAUUUUAUUAAAUAGAAUUAGUUACUGGCAGUUUGUGUUGCACAUAGGUGUAUCUGUCUUGGAGAAUCUAGUGUAAGAAGAGUAAGGAUUGAUUUUGGUUGUAGGAUUACAUAAUGGUACCUGUAUAUUAAAAUUGAGCACAUGUUUGUACAAAUGUUUGAUGGAAACUUAUUUUUAUGUGAAUACCAAUAAAUUUAGAAUAACAUUGA